ACACGGCACACGCCGUUCCGUCCGCCUCGCUUCCUUGCUUGGCUCCUUCCCUCCUUCCUUCCCGCGUACGCCUCCCGCCACAACUUGCCCAUAUCCGAAUCCCCAACCCCGCAAACCAAAACCCUACACCACCACCACCGCCACCACCGCCGCCUCCCUCUCCAACCCCGCCGCCCGCCAUGGCGCCGCCUCGCUUCCCUCCCUCCUCCUCCGCCGCGCGCCUCCCGCCGCGAUCCACACCGCCGGAGCCCAGGCCCAGCCCCCCAGCCGCAGCCGCCGGCGCCGCCGCCCUCGCCCCCGGCUCGCUGGAGGAGGUCCUCCUCCAGGCGGCCUUCGACGGCAACCUCCGCCUCGUCAGGAAGAUGGCGAGGGCGCUGGACGAGGGGGACGGCCGCCGCCUCGGCGACAAGGUGGGGGCCGUGAGGGACGGCAACGGCGUCGGCGCGCUGCACCUCGCCGCCGGCCGGGGGAGCCUGCCCGUUUGCGGGUACCUGCUCGAGGAGCUUCGUGUGGAUAUUGACGCCGUCGAGGACAGAGGUGAAACGGCCUUGACAUUUGCGAUCAAUUCCGGGAAUGCGGACAUGGUGCGGUAUCUUCUUGAUCAUGGAGCUGAUACUGAAAAGCUCAACAACGAUGGACUUACUGUUCUCCAUUUUGCUUCUGGCGAAGUUUUCGGCCGUUUCGUCGAUCCGCGGUAUCUCGAAGACGUUGAUGUGGUCUUAUCAGUGCGAGAGCAAGAAGUUGCCGCACUUUGUGGUGCGCGGAAAGAUGUUGAGACCCUAUUUCCUGUCACUUCUCGUAUUCCGUGUGUGCACGAUUGGACUGUUGAUGGAAUCAUUAAUUAUGCAAAGUCACUGCCUGAUGUGAAGGAUGAAGAGUUUUGCGAAGCUAUGCUUGAUAUGGGAAAAUUUCAAGGCCGUGAAGCAGUCAAGAAUAAAGAUUAUCGUGGUGCCAUGCACAUUUAUACCAAGGCUAUUGCUCUCAAUACUAGAGAUGCAUCUUUGUUCUCAAAUAGGAGCCUUUGUUGGCUGAAAUUGGGUGAGGGGGAGAAGGCUUUGAUAGAUGCUGAAGCUUGCAGGAUGAUGCAACCAAACUGGCCAGAAGCCUGCUACCGUCAAGGAGCUGCUCUAAUGUUACUGAAGGAUUACAAAAAUGCAUGCAGCUCAUUUCUUGAUGGUCUCAAGUUGGAGCCAGAGAAUGGAGGCUUUGCAAUCCUUGAAGAUGUCAGGCAGCGUUGA